CAAACUCUAGAAGGUCACACACACAAUGUUUCUGCUGUAUGUUUCCAUCCCGAGCUUCCAAUAAUAAUGACAGGUUCAGAAGAUGGUACUGUCCGUAUAUGGCAUUCAACCACUUACAGACUUGAGAACACCUUGAACUAUGGACUUGAAAGGGUUUGGGCUGUUGGAUACAUGAAAGGUUCACGUCGGAUUGUUAUUGGCUAUGAUGAAGGAACCAUAAUGGUGAAAAUUGGACGUGAAGAGCCUGUAGCCAGCAUGGACAAUAGUGGAAAAAUUAUAUGGGCUAAACAUAAUGAAAUUCAAACUAUUAACAUCAAGAGUGUGGGAGCUGAUCAUGAGGUUUGGACUUUAAAGCCCAUAUACAUGUUAUGUUAUGUUAACAAUGAAAUGGGAAAAAAAAUCUAUUUUUUAUUCAGGUUUCUGAUGGAGAGAGGCUGCCUUUAGCAGUUAAAGAACUGGGAACAUGUGAUCUUUAUCCACAAGUGAGUUAUGCUUGUUCCUACCUUCCUUUAAACUGAAAAUAGUCAACCAUAUGGACUUUGACUUUUCUAUUUUUCCACAGAGCUUGAAGCACAACC